UGAAACUGGGACAAUGUGUGCUGAAUAAAACAUUGAAAGCUAGUUGGGAAGCAUCAGUCAGGGUUAUGUGAGGGGUGUGGGAAGGAGCAGGAGUCAGUGGAACAUGUAUUGCUGGGAUGUAGGGCAUAUGAAGAACAAAGGAGAGUGAUGAGGGACAAGAUGAGGAGGGUGGGAUCCAGAGAUUUGAGCUGAAUGACAUACUUAGUGAAGGCAGUGGUGAUAAAUCAAAGGUGUUGGUGGAGUAUCUGAAAAGCAUAGGGGUGUUUGAUAGAAGAUGAGCUUUUAUUUGUUUGUUUGUUUGAUUAUUAUAAUUGUUUAUUUGUUUAGUCAUUAUUUUUUCUUUUCUAUUAAUUUACUGAGCGAUAGGAAUAUGAGUUAACCCUCAUGUUGUGGUCGUUUCAUGUUAAGCAUUUUUAUGUUCCCAGUCAAAAAUGACGGUAACAUUAAGACUCAUCAUAGAAACUGUAAUAAUGCAUAAAUAAUGACUACUUGUAGAGUUUUUUAUUUCUAUUAACUUAAGUUGUUGUAAACAUUUCAAGUUUCGAAGUUUUAUUUGUUAUUCAUGGCCUGCAGGCCUCAUUGAUCCGAGCUUAUACAUCUUGAAUUUGAGUUGUCAAAGGCAUAAUUUCCAGAUUAUUUGAUUGUAAGAAAUAAUCAAAAGAAAAAUAGUCUACUUUUUUUUUCAACACAGACUACUUUGGGUCAAAGUUAAUACAAUUGUUUUGAAACCAUGUAGAGGGUUUAUGUAAUCACAUGAAGUAACACAUGUUGUGUUUUGGUCAAAAGUGACUGGGAAUAUUUUAUUAGUGCACAAAGGGAACUCCUUAGAAACUGCACUUGACAACUUCACAGUACUUAAAGAUCAAUGUCUCCAGAACACAAAUAAUACAAUUAGAUCAGUUUUUCAGGUGUUUUUUGCCUGAUAUCAGCAUAAAACUGUUAACAAAAUCAGGCUUCCUCCAAUGGUGUUUUUUUCUCAUGCACAUGUUGCACUUCUGGCAUGUUGUGCUUGUUUUUUACAUCUCUUGGCACAUACAGACUGCACCGCUUUUUCUUCUUGUCACCGCUCUUUCUUACAGCAAGUGAUUUUGCCUCUCGGCCCUGUAUCUCCGUCAGCAAUGUUAUAUUCCGUGUCGUCUUCAUUUUCUGACACUUCCUCCUCAAUUCCAUCAUUCCAUCACCAGCAGUUUCCCUGCCUCUCUCCUCCUGACCAGUUUGGUCAUCAAAAAUAUAGUCAAGAGCUUCACUUACAGUCUACCGACCAGCCAUGUCAAAUGUCCGAGCUGGGUAUGACAUCACACCCGAGUUACCAGCAUUUCAGUUACCUGGUCAGAAAAAAGCAAAAUUGAAGGCAGAAACAAGAUGGGUACAUCUACAAAAGUUAUUUUAGCGCUUGCCUUGUUUGAAUACAAGCAACCUCUGGACAAAUAUGCGGUCCUUCUGCAGCAUAUUGUUUCCGCCUCCACCUUUGCUUUUUUCCAACUUGGUGACUGAUACGCUGGUAACUCGGGUCAUGCCAUCUGCCCCUGGACAUCUGACUUCCAAGGUAACUCGAACACAGCGUAAGUGAACUGCGAGACUCUUUGCAGCUCCUACACCUGUGUAAACCUGCUAUACUGAAACCCAUCAGAUACAUCAAAUGCAUAAAUGUUUGAUAAUUUACUGAUUGAUCUCUUUUAUUUCUAACCUUUUGACUCUGACUGCGUGUCUGAUCUGUCUUUGUCUUGUACAAAUAUGUGUGUGUGUGUGUGUGUGUGUGUGUGUGUGUGUGUGUGUGUGUGUGUGUGUGUGUGUGUGUGUGUGUGUGUGAGAGAGAGAGAGAGAGAGAGAGAGAGAGAGAGAGAGAGACAAAUGGGGAUUUACCUGAGCUCAGUUUUUUUACACUUGUGUUGUCUCUCCCAUUCGUUCCUGAUGAGCGGUCAAUUUUGACCGUGAACACAAGAUUGUAUAAAAGUUGAAUAAAACCCACAAGACCAUCUCAAAAUUAAUAAAAUGUAGUUUGUGUGUUGAAAUUCGCAUUUUAGACAAAGUCAUUGAAUUUCAGGAUAGUCUGAUCAAAUUAACUACAUUUGGGAGAAAUAAAACUUUCGAAUCGGUCAAAUUUGACCGGAACACAACAUGAGGGUUGAGAAGAAAAUUAGAGCCUGACCCACACCCCGGGUCAGUAGGUGGCGGUAAGGCCCUCUUAAAGGUGGCCAACCGCCCCUAAACUCAACAAAGAAGAAGAAGUUUGUUCAUCAUGGCAUGGCCAGAGACUGUUUGGGUAUGACCGUAAGAUGGCUGUAAAUGUGUUUAACAUGAUCUUGUGGUGAAACGUUGACUUAUUAUAAUGUCUGAAGCCGCUAUUGAGGAGGUUUCUGUCCUGUCGUCUAUAUACUGCGGAGACGGAGAGUUUCAGCUCAUCCAGCAGUCUGGUAAGCUCGACUCAUGUAAAUACUUGAAAUAAUGUCUCUAAAAAUAGACUGAUUAUGUCCAUAAAAGUCGGCGAUCGACAAAGUUUAAAUGCCUUUAAAGUUUUUAAAGCUGCUUCUUCUUGUUGGAUUAAAUCUAAGUAGCUAAAUCAUUGUCAUGACCACCUCGUAGAUGUUCAAGUAAUAUAUUUCUGGUGGAGGAUGUCACAUGACACGAAUGAGGUGUAAUAAUUGUUUUUUUUUUAUUAUUUUCAUUUUCACCAUUAAGAUUUUAAAUUUCAAUCGUAGAACUGUGAAACUCAUUUCUAUUAUCCGAAGCAGCUGUGAGCAACCUUUGGUUUAUGUUGAUUUUGGCGCCACCAUCAGGCAAUUUUAGUGUGCAUGCACCAACCGUGCCUGCAGCCUGUUACAGUCUGACAAAUGAGGAAAAAAAGCAUUCUGAGUUAUAUGUUAGACCUCUUUGCAUAACGUGUCCUGUAAACACUAAGGUCUGACAAAAAAGCUAAGAUAAAACUUUGUUACGUUUUUACCCUCUGAGGAUAAGCAAAGACAUGGCAAACAAGAGCGUAAAAAGGCUAUUAAAGAACCCUGGAAAAAAUGGAUCCAGUUAAGUAAAAUAUGUUUCUCCUUUACAGCAACUGUAACCAGACCCUGUUUUUCUCUCAGCUCAGGAUGGGCUUGUGGUCCAGAUUAACAGCACUGUCGGAGGAGAAAGACACCUGGAAGUGAGUCUGUUGUUCCAUCUGCACCCCAGCUACCCCUCCUGUCCCCCCGACAUCUCCAUUUCCUCCACUCAUCUCUCCAGGACUCAGUGUCUCAACAUCAAGCAGAAGCUGCUCGAUCAAGCUGCAGAUCUCCCUCCAGAACCAAUGAUUCAUCAGCUAGUGGAGUGGUUACAGGUCCGAUGAAGUUGUAAAGCACAAGCAAAAUAAAAAGUUAGGGGACCCUUCACAGCAGUAACUCACGAUUAUCUGGUUGUGUGAUCUUAACAGUCUGUGGAGAUUACAAAGGAAUGCAGACAAGGUGAUGAAGAGGUAAAAAGGAUAGAAAAAGAGGAGGAAUGGACUGCUGUGCUGUCGUUGGACCACAUCCGUUCUCAAAAUCGUUACAUCGGACUGCUGGAGCGCUGGAGCCAGCAGCUACAGCUUGCUGGGAGGUUGUUGCUGGGACGCAGUAUACUGGUUAUUCUGCAGGGGGCCAAACCCAACAUCAAGGUAUCAACACAUGUUUCCUUGUUAAGGAUCUUUUUUUGGGCCAUUUUCCUUUGUUGAAAAGAAUGGCAGCAAAAAGGCCAAAAGAAGCUGGGAGGAGAGAGUGUAGGGCAUGCAGAGAGUGAGAGUUUCAUGAAGACCUUUCAUAAAGGUCUUCAUGAAACUCUCAGUCGCUUUGAUAAAGACUGCAGCCUCUGUGUAUGAAACACAGGGUUUUCCAGCUCAGCCAAACUGAUGCUCAUAAAUGUAGAAGUUUAAUACAGCUUUACACAAAGCUUACGGAGAAGACGCACACUUGUGAAGAAGAUGCACAGACAACAUGCAAAUCGGUUCCACAUUCUGUUACCUGGAUACUCUGCAUGCUUGACUGUGAGAAAAUGACCUGAUGGAUUACUGUGACCAUUCAAACUUGCUGCACAUUGCAAAGGUAUGAUAUAUGUGUACAUACAUACGUACAUACAUUAACAUUUUAAUUGUAUGACUGAUACUCAGCUUUGCUUAAAGUGACACUAACAAACUGCAGCAGGAGUAAGUAAGGUAUAGGAGUACAGGUCUGGGUGGCUUGAACAGGCAGUGAUACCUUAAUAAUAUAAAUCAUUGAGAUUUUUUAAAAAAUAGUUAACUUAAAUACUUUACUGACUAUUCCAUUAGUUGUCUUUUCAGGUAAAAUACAAAAUGCUCUUUUCUCAGUAGAUUAAGACUGCCUCCCCUGGAAACACCAUAACACUGGCAUUUUAAGCAGUCUAGUAUUGUUGCUCGGUCAGACCACUAUCUCUGUAUGGAAAAGUUAGUGAGCUCUGUUUUUUUGCCCACUGUGAGAUGUGAAGCCAAAGACCAGCCCUCAUGGGUGCUGAUGUAAAGCACUUGUUCAGUCAAAGCAUGGGCAGAAGUGACCUGGCUGGUAGAGUUGAGGGUCUGACGUCACACACAUUUAACUGAACUAUCAAGUGUCAAAGAUCCCUCAGGUGGGUACAGUCUGGCAGAGCAGAUUCUUGUGUGUUGAUUUGAAGCAGACGCUCAUGGCUACGCAGAGUUCAGUAACUCUUGGUUACAUUUUCUCUCACCACUCCUCCUUUAGUUUGAUAACCCUGUACAGAGCUGCAACAGCAGCUUCAUUUGUCAAUCAUCUUUAUAUUAUCAAUUUUUGUUUAACCUUUAUUUAACCAGGUAAGAAACCCAUUGAGAUCGAGAUCGAGAUCCCUCUUACAAGGGUGACCUGGCCAAGAGGUUAUCAGCACAUGUCACAAUAAUAAUACAAUUCAAAGACAAAAUAAAAUAAAUCAAAGCUGAACUUGCCUAAAAAACAGUAGCGUUCAGACAUUAAGAGUUAUAACAACAGAAAACAUAUUUGGGAGGACUGUUAAAAGUGAGUUUAAUUUUUCUGGUAGGACCCUCGAUCCACCUGUUAACAUGAAGGAGGCAGGGUUUAUGACCUGCUGCAUCCCAUCAGUUAGAGGAAAUAUAAAUCUUUUCACUUCACAGUCAGUGAACACUUACAGUGUCUAUUUGAAUAAAUAGUCUGAGUCAGACUAACAUAACUGCAGACUGAGGCGAACACUGAAUUUGGUGUUGAGCAAAGAGAGGAGUUUUAUAGGAAGGAUAUAUUCACAAUGUUUACUUUGAUGACCGACAUUAGCAGAUGCUGUGAUUUUUUUUCCUUACAGUAAUUAUUUCUCUGCAGGAGUUUUGUCGCCUCUUGAAGACAGUGAAGGUAGACGUGGACUCUUCAGGGAAGAAAUGCAAAGAGAGGAUGAUGAAGGUUCUCAUAGAGGCUCCUUUGUCUUCCUCCUCUGGACAUGGGUAAGCACUCAGGAUUGAAGUAGACAAACGGAAUCAAGUUAUGAUCACUGUAUCCAUGUAAUCACAUGGCAGUAUCAGUGCAGCUCUCUUGUGCUUUUUUCUUCGUCAGUCUGCAGGAUUUCACUGUGAUGACCUACCAAUCAUCUUCAGAGCUGUGUGCAGCCUUCCAGGAAAUAAACCUGACCGAACUCUACCAGCAAAUACUGCCAUCAAUAAGUGACUGACUGCAGACCAGACACCCUGACCUUCCCUUUCCUGUAUAUUCAAGUAUCUGAUCAACAAUAUGCGUUGUUACUAAGUGUCCAUUCUUCCGGAUUCAUUUUUACUGUUACUCUGAGCAGCCCAGGUUUACACUCACAGACAUAUUUAGGCCUCAAAAUUUCCAUCCUUUUGAAUUACUUAGAUUAAACAUAAACAGGCCAAUAAACUUCACGAGCUGCAUAUUUGUUAGUCAAAUGUAAAUGAAACAAUUAAGAAUUAAAUUUAUGUAAUAAUCCCAAUGUGUUUUUAAUAAAUAAUGAAGACUUAUGUAUUCAUCAUUCAUAACUUCAA